AUGGGAGAAUUAAAAUACUUCUUAGGGAUAGAAGUAGCUAGAUCAGCCAAGGGCAUCACAUUGUGUCAAAGGAAGUAUGCCCUUGAUAUCUUGCAAGAUAGGGGCUUUUCUGGUUGUAAACCAGUAGCGUUUCCAAUGGAAUCUACCCUAAAGCUAAGUGCAAAUGAUUCCUCUCCUCCUUUAUCUGAUCCUACUUCAUAUAGAAGACUUGUUGGCAGAUUAUUGUACCUCACUAUAACCAGACCUGAGUUAGCUUACUCAGUUCAAGCUUUAAGUCAGUUUAUGGCCACUCCUAGCACCAUUCAUCUUCAAGCUGAUCAGAGAGUACUUCGAUACAUCAAAGCCACACCAGGUCAAGGGAUUUUCAUGUCUGCAGCAUCUCCCUUACAUUUAAAAGCAUAUUCUGACAAUGAUUGGGGUGGUUGCCUAUAUACUAGAAGAAGUGUGACUGGUUUCACAGUUUUUAUAGGAGAUUCUCUUAUCUCUUGGAAAUCAAAGAAGCAACCCACUGUUAGCAGAUCAUCUACUGAAUCUGAAUACAGGGCUUUAGCGUCUACAACUUGUGAGAUUCAAUGGCUAUUCUAUCUUCUGGCUGACUUAAAUGUUCUUCAUUCUCAAGCUGCAUUAUUGUAUACUGAUAGCAAACCUGCUUCUGAUAUUGCUUCUAAUCCUAUUCAACAUGAAAGGACCAAGCAUAUACAACUAUAUUGCCACAUUUUUGAAGUUCUAAAUUUUACAGAUGCACUGCAGUGCAACUUGUUGGAUGCAUGGAAUGGUUAUUGA